AUGAUUAGCGAAAUCAUUGCAAAUGCUAUCAAAUCAGAUAAACCAGUUUUCAGUUUGGAAUUCUUUCCGCCAAAAACACAACAAGGAUUGUCAAACCUUUAUACCCGUAUCGCACGUAUGGUUACAGAUUUGGAUCCUGCUUGGAUUCAAAUCACAUGGGGUGCUGGAGGAUCAACACAAAGUACAAGUCUUGAUCUGGCGGGAAGGGUUCAAGCGGGAGCUUUGGGUCCAAAGGCAAUCUUGGAAAGUUCUAUUUUGGAUAGCACUCCCUCCACUCCGAUCGAAGACGGAAGGCAUGAACUGCUUUCACGAAACGUUUGCUUACACUUGACUUGCACAAAUGUGGAAAAGGCAAGCUUGGACGAAACUCUAGACCGAGCCCUGAAAUCAGGCAUUCGUAACAUUCUAGCUUUGCGUGGUGAUCCGCCUCGUGGUCAAGAGCUAUGGGUGGCAGCCGAUGAUCGAUUUCAACAUGCUACAGAUCUGGUACGAUACAUCCGAAGUAGACACGGUAACGCAUUCUGUAUCGGUGUAGCGGCUUAUCCUGAAAUGCACCCUGAUGCCGAAGCCAACGAAACACCAAAUUCUGAGAUACAGCACCUUUUGGCCAAACAAGAAGUUGGGGCCGACUUCAUCGUCACACAACUUUUCUACGAUGUCGACAAUUUCUUGGCAUGGUAUGCAGAUUGCCGAGCGAAUGGAAUCACGAUACCCAUCAUCCCCGGAGUGAUGCCCAUUCAAAGCUACCAGACGUUCCGCAGAGUGACAAGCUUGUGCAAGGCAAAAGUGCCGCAAGCUGUAUGGGAUGCAAUAGAACCUGUUCGGUUUGACGAUGCUGCAGUUCGUGAUGUUGGCGUGAACCUUACAAAGGCGUUAAUCGAAAAGAUUUGUCAAUCGACCGAUAUCCGUGCAUUUCACAUUUGCACAUUGAACUUGGAGAAAAGCACAAAGACGAUCUUGCAAGCAUUACAAUGGCUGUCAGAUCCGAAAAGUAAGCAAAAUCCAGCAAAAGCUACGUCUGAUGCAACAAAGAUUGAGAAGGCCAGCCUUACUUCGAAUACCCACUCGCAAACCUUGAAACCGCCGACAAAUCCAGUCACCACAAUGGAGGAGGCUGCCGCUACUUGGGAUGAGUUCCCUAACGGACGAUAUGGUGAUGCUAGAAGUCCAGCUUUCGGACAGAUUGAUGGAUAUGGUGUUUCACUCAAGAUUCCACCACAAGAAGCACUUCGACAAUGGGGUAGACCGACAACGAAUGCAGAGAUUAGCGACAUUUUCACCCUGUACCUGAAUGGCAAAUUGGAGGUGAUUCCUUGGUGUGAUUGUCCAAUUUUGCCGGAGACAAAUUCGAUUAGUAAUGAACUCUUACGACUUAAUGCUGAUAAAGGAGCCAAAUUGGAAGAGUCUUUUACAGGGAAGGGAUGGUGGACGGUUGGAUCACAACCCAGUGCAGAUGGUAUCGACUCUUCUGAUCCCGUGUUCGGAUUCGGUCCCGCACAUGGAUACAUUUUCCAGAAAGCAUUCGUGGAAUUCUUCAGUACUGAAAAGGAUAUGUUGGAUUUGGAAAAGCGAAUAGAAGAAUACAAUACCAAAAAAGGGGGAACAUGGUUAAGUUUCUUUGCCGGAAAUCGUGCAGGACAAUUUCGUACAAACGUAGAUGCAGAACAAGGCGAAAGUUGUGCGGUGACUUGGGGUUGUUUUGUUGGCAAAGAGAUCGUUCAAACGACAAUAAUUGAACGUGAAAGUUUUGAUGCUUGGCGUGAAGAAGCUUUUGGAAUUUGGUCAGAAUGGGAAACCCUAUUUCCUGCUCAUUCUCCAACAAAAUCACUUUUGCAAGAAAUCGGUCAACAAAGAUGGUUGGUCACAGUCAUUCAUCAUGAUUAUAAGGAUGAAGGCGCACUGUGGUCUUUCCUGGAAGUUCGUUAA